UGCUUCUAUUUCCCGCGGUGCUGAGUAUUUUCAAUCGACGGCUCGUCCCUGUCGAUGAAAUCGGAGCUCCGAGACUGCGGAGAACAAGCGAAAAGAGGCGCGCGUUUCUUUCCCGCUGCCACGUGUAGAAGUACAAGAAGAAGAAGUAGACGCCGCUUCCGGACGUGCCCUAGUGGUAGUGAAGCUUUCCGGGCGCCGUUCACAAGGCUCUCAGAAGGAAGGUCUCAUAAACAACCCCUCAAAACAGCUCUCCUGCUGCAAUUUCCUCACUGGUGCUGUUCAUCCCGUCUAGAAAAGCGCAGUUUCGUCCCCGGAGAAGAAAAGGUAGCAAAGUCUGAGCCAUGGAUCGCCGUAGUUGGGGAUACGGGGGAGGAGGAGGCGGUGGUGGUGGAAACUACCGUUCCGACUAUGGCAACAACUACCGGGCAGAUUACAACGAUUAUGGAAACAGUUAUGGUGGUGGCCACGGCGGAUACAAUGCCUACAAUAAUUCCUACAACAACUCGUACAAUUCCUACAACAAUGCCGACCAUUUUGCCCCACCUCCUAAUCGAGGCUAUGGAGCCAGAGAUGCUUAUGGAGCUUAUCCUCCCAAUGGCCGUUUCUUCCCUCCCUCUGGGCCCCCUGGUCGAAUGGGUGGUCCUGCUGCUCCUCAAAGGCAAGCAGUCAGGGGACGUGUCGACUGGAAGAAGAGGAGGCGGGACAACAAUGCAUCCAGAGAAACUAAAAGUGCUGCUUUCUUGGAGAGGAAAAAGCGAACGCUGUUUUUACGUAACUGUCCAGAAAAACCUGAAGAAACACUGAAGGAAGAGCUUAAGACACUGUUUGCUGAAUGUGGAAAAGUAGAACAGGUUACAAUCAAUAAGCAAGAGCUGAGCUGUUUGCCUGGUACCGAGAAGAAGGUAUCUCUUGAAGUGCGCCUUGUUAUGGGCACAGAAGAAGAAGCCAAGAAAGGUCUUGAAAAACAUGGAACUGUUAUUGAGGAUCGACACCUUGUCGUUUCUCGGCAAGAAAGUGAUUUUGAUUCCUGGAAAACUACAGUUGUAUGUUGCUUAAACAUUUCUUUAGAUGUUGAUGAUGAGGACUUGUGGAGAUUUUUUGAGGAGUGUGGCAAGAUUAAGAAUGUGAAAAGAGUAAAUGCCACUAGUGGAGAUGGAAGGCUCUAUGGGCAGGUUCAUUUUGAGAAUGAAGAAGAAGCUCAGAAAGCCCUUGCUCUGGAUGGAAAUGAGCUGAAAGGUAAACCAGUUAAACUGCGCAUGUGGGCUUCUCUCAAGGAUCGACCCGGUUUGGGAGUUGUGGUUUUGAACCUUCCAUUUGGAAUCACCAGGAAAGAUGCAUUGGAGUUCAUGGAUGGGUGUGGUGAUAUAUCGAACUUGAAGAUUGAUUCUGCUGAGACCACAAAUCGAAGAGCAGUCUUUGUCUUCUGGGAUGCUGAUGGUGUUGAGAAAGCUUUGGAGAGAGACAGGCAGGAGAUGAACAAGCAGGAAGUACGUGUUCUACGCUGGGAUGGGCAACGCCUAAUCAAUCCUGUGUUUUUGGCUGAUCUUCCUCCAGCUAUAUUGGAAGUUGAUUUAUGGAAAGUUUUUCAAGUUUGUGGAGUCAUUGAGCAUGUCCAUAAAGAAAUGAAAAAGAACAACAUUAAGGCAUACAUUGAAUUCCAGGAUGCAUCAAGUGUCUUGAAAGCAGCAUCUCUUGAUGGUAUUCUCAUCAAGGGCACUGCGGUCAAAGUAAUGACAGACAAAGAUGAAUGGGACAACUAUCCUCCUGCUCCAGCGCCUGCUAGCCAAGGUGCUCAAAAUGGGCAGGCUGAGCAGAGUAAUGCUGCUGCUGCUGCUCCCAAAGAAAAUGAGGAGUCAAAGGAAGGGGACGCAGGAGAGGGAGCAAAUGAUGGUGCUGGUGCUGCUGCAAAGGAAGAAACCCACACUGAGGAAGAAGAGGAGGAAGAUGCGCAAGACAACGAAUGUCAGGAGGGCAUGAAGGAGGAGGCAAGCGAAGUAUCAGAUGACAUCAAACAGGAAUCAGAGGAAGUCGCUGAGGUUCAAGAAGGAAGGAACACUCGCAAACGGAGAGCCGCUGCUGCCACCCCACUUAAAACUCCACCCAAAACUCGCAGGGGACGAUAACUUUUGAUAACUUAAUGUAUACCAACUUCUUUCAUAAUAAUUUUUCCUUUUCUACUGAACCUGUUUCUUUUUUAUCUUAUUCUCUGCUUUUUUUUUUUAAGAAUUUUUUUUUUAUGGUACAUCAAUUAAUGCAUUUUAAGGGUGACUCUUUAAUGCACAACAUUAAUGCCAGUUUUGAGUUGUUAGGCGGGUGGACAUUAUUCAAUUCUUCUCACUCAUCCUUACAUUAUUUUGAUGAAAGUAGCCAAGCUACUUAAAAUCUCUCAUUUCUAUCACCAAAUUAUGUACCUUUGGAUUGCUACUUGGGUAUUGUAUUUUACUUUUAUUGAUUAUGGAAGAGUGACUAGUUAUCAUUCAAAUAAAGCAUUUUGUCUGAGUGCAAUUUCACCUUUGCAGUAUUGAACCAGCAAUUGAAAAAUUGUGUCAAAUCUGAAAGUCAUUUUUGUUUGUUUCCUUUUUCUGAUGCAUGAUUUUGUAAGAAAAACACUUGGUCCCUUGGAGGGGAAAAAAGCGUUGUUUGAAUUACACAUCUUUGGUAUCUGAGAAGUUCUCUUGGAUUGACAAUGGUACAUUGAAGGCAUAUUGUACCGCCUCUCUUAGUCUAAUUUUUCUUUACUUUGCUUUAAGUGGAACAAAAUGUGGUCUCUAUUCUUUGAGAUAAGACUAAGGAGUAAACUUGUUUGAUAUUUAGUAAAUAGUGUUACUCUGUAGUGACUUUUAAAAUUUCCUGUCUUUUUUUUUUCUCCUUGUAAUUUUAACUUCUGAAGAUUUUAAUUGUACUCAGGAUGUGAGGCAUGCUGACAUUUGGCAAAAUCUUUUUUAAUGGCCUGUUCUCUUUUCAGUCUUUAUUGACUUCCAAUAGCAUGCCAUGUACUUGUUGGGUUUGCAGGAAGGCCUUGACAAAGCAUAGGAAAUUCUAGCUGGAUUAGUUGUGAUCUUGUUGUGUGGUGUAUCUACCUGUGAGUAUAAAAUCAAUAUCAAACAUUUCAGUAAUCACCCUAACAAUGAAGACACCAGUAAUGUGACAUAAAGUUCUUGUAUGUGUAUCUUGUAAUAACUUAAGUAUGAUUGUAUUAGAUUAAGGACCAAUGUGAACAAUUUGAAACCUAGCUUUGUGCUUUCUGCGUAGUUGCAAUAGCAUUCCCAUUGGCUUCUAUGGUGCAAUUUUGAAUUUGUAUAUGCCAUGGUGAACUACUCAUUUCAAAGAAUGUAGAUUUAGAUUGACAAUCAUUGGCAGUUCCCAGGAGUAGUUUAGAUGGCCCUCACAAAUGCAGCACUAAUACAAAAAUUGAUUGACAGAGGAAUCCCUUUGACUAAACACUUAAGUUUCUGUUGUUAUUAUAUUAUCGAACUGAUCAUAUCAAUAUCAAGUCUCCCUCGAGCUUUAUCUCUUGUCACAAAGUAUGUAUGUGAGAUUGUGUGCUUAACAAAAUACUCAUUGAUUGGUUAUAUAUGGUGUGUAUUUUAGAUAAUCCAGUGUCUGCAUAUAAUUCAAUAAAGUCCCCCUCUGUACAUAGAACAUUGGAGCAGAGCAUUUUGGAGAUGGGCCACAAUACCAAACCUCAACAGUGUGCACUAUAUUAUACUAACCUUUAGUUAGUACUGCAAAGAGUGAAAGUUAAUCAUUAAAUUAUGGGGGAAUGGUGGACAUUUUCAGUGUGGGAUGUGACUAUUACUUGACGAACCUGUACUUUUGGUAAGUUUUGUAGAACAAUUGUAAUUUUGGGAUGUUCUACAAAGUACCUACCAAAAUAAAAAAGAAAAUGCUAUGACAACAGAUUUAAUUUAUUUAUAACUUACAGAGAUGAAAUAUAUGAACUUGUCAGCAA